AUAUUUAGAACCUGCAAAUGACGCACAAUUUAUUCGUAAAGUUUAAAUCAGAGGAUUAUUCAUAUCGCGUGCUAGCUUCACACGACUGACCUCCCAUCUCCGACGUGGUUUAUUGUUCGUAAGAAUAUGGUAAGAAUUCACUUUGACUGCUCCCCUUUUCGAUCUAGACAGUGCAUGGUCCAUAGAUAAUGCAUGGUCAUUAGCAUCGACGUUUACUCAUGGAAAUGCCUUAGCGGUCAGAAUUGUGGUUCAACAAAAGAAAGGGAUGGAACGAAGUUUCGGACAAUAUCCAUCUCUCUCACUCAAUGAUAUAUACUGUCUAAAGUUGUCUAUGGUCGUAUACAGUCGUCUAUUUAUAUAUGUAUAUGUCUAAUGGAGGAUGGAAAUCAAAUAUUAACCUUUAAUUCAAAACUCUAGUUCACACUGUACGUUUUUAUGUAAAGCUGAAAGAUGGCUGGUGAGAUUAUUGUAGAUGCACUGCCGUACAUAGAUCAAGGCUACGAUGAACUAGGCGUCAGAGAAGCGGCAACUGCCAUGGUUGAUGAAGAAUGUAGAAGGUAUAGACCAACGAAAAAUUAUCUAGAGAACUUGCCUCCCCUUAAUGUAACUGCUUUUGAAACUCCAAUAAUGAGGACUGAGUUUGAAAGACUUCAAAAUAGGUCACCUCUAGAGGCAAUGUCCAUGAAACGUUAUGAAUUGCCUCCACCUCCAAGUGGCAAAUUAAAUGAACUUGGUGCAUGGGCAGAGUGUGUUGAUAAUUCACAAGCUCAACUUGAACAUCAGUCAGUGAGAAUACUUAAUUUACAAUUAAUGCUACAAUAUUGCUGCCCCAUCUGGCAGAGAUAUUUACAAACGUUAGUAGAAUGUGAAAACAGUGCAACUAAAAAAUUAACUGAACUUCGACAAGGCAUUCAGGAAAUAAAUUGGCAGCGAAAAUCGUUACAAACAAAAGGAGGUGAACAGCUCACAAUGCUUGAAACUAAAUGGGUACAAUUGGUCUCUCAAAACUAUGAAAUUGAACAAACUUGUACAGCUGCAGAAGAAUAUAUACAAACUUUACAACAUCAUAUACAACAACAAAAUAAUUGACAAAUUUAUAAAAGCCUCAAUUUAAUUGUAUGUUUUGUUUUUACAAAUAUUUGGGAAGUAGAAUGUUUGUGUGUAAAAUGACUUUAAAGUAGCAGCGACUUGAAUGAUUAAAUAUCUUUAUUAUCUAGA